ACACUGUUGAAAUUGCAAUUAGAUAUCUUGAUAUCGUGUUAAUCGAUUGAUUUAGUAUUGUGGUGCAAUUAAAGGAGGCACUGCCACUAAGAGAGAGACAACAAUAGCUGUUGCUGAACGUAGUCCCGGGUGUCGCUGGGUGAGAGCGAGACGGCUAGUCAUGCCGUUCGCAGCAGGGUCGCUGUGCUUUCGAUGAACAAGAAUAUGCGACCAUGAUUAGAACUUUCGAGAGUAGAGGAGAAGACACAGUUGGUCAAUGACUAUUGAACGAGAAAGAGCAUUAAGAAGAGUUUAGCGACACACCGGGAAUUCGUUAUUACGCGCAGCUAUGAUGGAAAACCAUAAUGAGAAACGUAACGCCCCGACAUCAGAAGUGGGAUCGGCACCACCUCCUACGUUCUCGGAGGAGCAGUGGCGUACGAUUUUGGGCCUACAAAACCGAAUUUGUCAAGACUAUCAAUACGUGAAGUGAGCAGCAGAAACGUGCCGUCAUUCUACGAAAAUUUAACGCUGACGUGGCCGACGUUGAUGCUGAAAAUUGAUGUGCGACUUUAGCUGAAAUAUGUGUGGUAGAUGAAUCGAAGAUAAGUAUACCGAUCCGAGGUGAGAGCUUUCCAAUUAUCUUUGAUUCUGGUGUAUUAUUCCUUGGCUAAAGAUAGCUUUGCACAAAAGGCUAUAUGAAAUAAGUGAGAGUACUCGGUCGAGGCUGCUCGACUGGGAGAUGCCCUUGACUACUUGGGCUGUUGUUCUGGUUAUUCUGCGCAUUUUUGUGUACGCAUACGGUGGCGCAUGCACGCGUUUGCUGGCUGCGUGGUGGGCGGCGGCUGCGCUGCGGUGAGGCCGGUGUUGUGAGAGUUUGUAUGUUGGAUGGUUUAUCUUGUGGUGGGACUGUCUCUGUGGGACUUUCGGAGCGUGAUCGUGGUGCUCAGAUGUGUGUGUUCCGAGGCGCGGAUCUCUAGUGCAUUUUUGGUGGUAGAAUUUCUGAUAUUUGAUAAAGUCGCUUAAAGAUAAUCGAAUGUAUAAGUAUUGCCAUGAAAAUUAGAAGAAGUUCGUGUUGAUUUAUCAGAAAUUACAGACAAUUGGCUAUUGGCGGAGCAACAACGCGAUAUGAAUUUAAUAGACAUAGUCAAACAAUCAGACGCUGGGAACUCAAAAUGAUGUUUUAAAAACAUAUGAAAUUAGAGCCGGGUUGUUGUAUCGCAUUAUUCAACGAAAUGGCAAAACACGUUGUCUUUAUGUAAUUCCCAAUGCCUUUAGAUGAUCCGUAAUUAAUCAUGUGCAUGAAGGAAUAAUGCACUUGAGUUAGCAGAAAACUCUAGACAAGGUUUUUGAGCAAUACUGGUUUAAAAAUAUGACAAAAUAUGUAAGGAAGUUCGUAGAAAAUUGUAUAACGUGCAAACCUUGGCUAAAGCUUCGUCCGGAAAAAUACAAAUGGAAAUGCAUCCCAUUCCUAAAGUUUAAAUACCUUGGCAUACUAUACACAUAGAUAAUAGCGGCAAGUUGAGUGGCAAAAAUGAUGUAAAAGAAUAUGUCGUUGUUCAGGUAGAUAGAUGCAUUUACUAAGUUUGUCCAUUUACAUCACACAUUAAACCUAGACACAAAUAAUUCCAUUGAAGCCGUAAAGUCGACUGUAACAUUUUUUGGAGCACCUUAUCUUAUUAUUGCAGAUCAGGGCAGAAGCUUUGCAAGUAGUGGCUUUAAAGAUUUUUGCUCAAGUAAUAAAAUAGAUUUGCAUUUGAUAGCAACAAGCGCUAGUAGAGCUAAUGGACAAGUGGAGCGCGUGAUGAAUACUAUGAAAAGUAUGUUGACAGCAGUAGAAACAAGUUCACGAUUAUGGCAAGAAGCUUUAAAAGAAGUACAGUUAGCCAUGAAAUGCACAACCAAUAGUGUAACUAACUUAAAUCCAUGAGAGUUAUUAAUUGGUAGGGCAGCAAGGACUCUGGGCAUGCUACCUAUCGGUGGAGAAACGAGAAUUGAUCGUAGUGAAGGGAGAGUUCUAGCUAAAGAAAAUAUGGUCAGGAAUGCCGAGUAUGACAAAAAUAGAGUAGAUAAAAAUAAGGCAAAAAUUAAGAAAUACAAAAUUGGUGAUUACGUUUUGAUAAAAAGUGAAGAGCGGCAUCAGACAAAACUGGAUCCCAAAUUUAAGGGACCAUUUGUAGUUACUGAAUUGCUAGAAGGUGACCGUUACAUGUUGAAGUCAUUAACAAACAAGAGAAAAUAUAAGUAUUCGCAUGAGUUUUUACGAGCAUUACCAGAUAAGCAAAUCGAAACAGAAAUAUUUGACGACAUUGACCACGGUGAAAAAGACGCUGGUUAAGAGGUUACCUCUGCCACCUAGACGGUGUGGAGGACAUCAUACACAGGGGCUAGGUUCAGUUGUCAAUGGUCACGCUGGUGAAGGCUGACAUUGUUCAUGGCGGACAGUUAAUCUAGUGAAAGAUCUUGGUAUAUGUGGUAUAUAUCGUUGCAGAGUGGCGGCAGGAGCCUGUUUAACUGUGGUAUGAUAAAAUGGAAAGCCAAAUGAGCGGGUUUGUGCAGAAGAAUACGAGCUACUGAAUUUGAGCGAUAUUCUGCCAAACUGACGUUCGAUGGAGAGCCAAAUGGGCGAGUGGUUGCGGAAAAGUACGUUGUACUUUGAGAAUGUAGAUGAGAUAUCCCGUAACACUGCUAUUUGAUGGUGUAACAUGGGCGUGAAAUAAAAGUGAAAUCCAAAUGGUUGAGUUUAUUUACAUUAACCAACAUUGGAAGACGUUAGGAAACGUGUAAUGAGAUAAAGUAAUGAUUAUGUGGGCAAAUGUAAAUGAUGAGAGCAAAUGUAAAUGUUUAAGUGGUGCGAAUAUGUUAUAUUGGAUGAUGAAAGUAUGUAAUCAAGUUAACUUAUUUCGAUUAAAAAUGAGAUGAGUUUUUAACUGUAUACACGAGGACGUGUAAUCGUCAGGAAGGCCGAGUUAGAGAUUUAUGUUAUUAACAUGAGAAUUUGACAUAACAGGAGUGUGCUAUGAUAACAACAUGAAAGUGAAAUGUUGAUGAUGUAGCAAUGUAUUGGUGCACUGUUGCGUCAGUCAGUCUGACACAAUGUUGCGAUGCUUCUUUGCGAUGUUGUAAAACUUCAUAGUGACGAGACUGUGUCACUACAUAGACAAUGCAAGAUGCAAAGCAAAUGACAAAAGAGGAAUAACGGUUAGACAAUGAGUUAUCCGUCUAUGAGAGACGAUGAGUUAUCCGUCAAGUGUGACGAUGAGUUAUCCGUCAGGUGUGACGAUGAGCUAUCCGUCUAAGAGAGACGAUGAGUUAUGCGUCUAAGAGAGACCAUGUGGUAUCCGUCAGGUGUGACGAUGAGUUAUGCGUCUAAGAGAGACCAUGUGGUAGCCGUCAGGUGCGACGAGGAGUAUCCGUCUAAGAGAGACGAUGAGUUAUCCGUCAGGUGCGACGAGGAGUAUCCGUCUAAGAGAGACGAUGAGUUAUCCGUCAGGUGCGACGAGGAGUAUCUGUCUAAGAGAGACGAUGUGGUAGCCGUCAGGUGCGACGAGGAGAAUCCGUCUAAGAGAGACGAUGAGUUAUCCGUCAGGUGCGACGAGGAGUAUCUGUCUAAGAGAGACGAUGUGAUAGCCGUCAGGUGCGACGAGGAGUAUCCGUCUAAGAGAGACGAUGAGUUAUCCGUCAGGUGCGACGAGGAGUAUCUGUCUAAGAGAGACGAUGUGGUAUCCGUCAGGUGUGACGAUGAGUUAACCGUGUAAGAGAGACGAUGUGCUAUCCGUCAGGUGUGACGAUGUGUUAUCCGCCUAAGAGAGGCGAUGUACUAUCCGUCAGUUAAGACGAUGAGUUUGAAAUAACAGCGAAAAUGAUAUAAUGGUGAAGACCAAUGGUUGGUAUGAAUAAGGAAUGAUAGAAAGAAUUGUGGUAUCCGUCUUGGCAGGACGAAGUUUGCAGAAUCGAGAAUAACAGAAGAGUAAUGUUAAUGAUAAUAUUGAUAGAUACCGAAAUCUAAGAAAAUGCGAAUGUAAAAUCGAACUGUAAUAACUAUCAAUAGUAAAGAAUAAAAAUAAAAAUAA